CAGACUAACAAGCUUAACUAUUGUUUUUAGAAAGAGGAAGUUUCUCCACAGUUGUUUACUUUCCAUGAAGCUGUGUCACAAAUGGUAGAAAUGGAAGAGCAAGUAGUAGAAGACCACAGGGUUGUCUUCCAGAAAACUAUUAGAUGGCUGGAAGAUGAAAAAGCUCUUCUUGAGAUGACAGAAGAAGUAGACUAUGAUGUGGAUUCUUAUGCUACCCAACUUGAAGCAAUUCUAGAGCAAAAAAUUGAUAUUCUGACCGAACUUAGAGGUGAAGUGAAAUCUUUCCGGACAGCUCUUCAAGAGGAGGAACAGGCCAGUAAACAGAUCAACACGAAAAGACCAUGUACCCUUUGAAAUGGGCCUCUGCUGCUGAAGGAAUCUAUGAACCCAUACUGCUGUAGCACACAUUUGUUACAAAACCCAGUGGCUGUAAGAACUCAACUACUUGCAAGUGUAAAAACAUUAGAAAUAUCUGUUGAAAUGUCCUGUUUGUUAUUCACCUGAAUGACAUCUUCAGUUUUGUGUGAAAUGCUCCCAUGAUGUCUACAAAAUGCUUCUAGACCAGACAGUACAACCAUGCAGGGUUCAGAUUUGUGAAGCACUUUGUUUAAAAUAUUUCAUUUAUUCAAAUUGUGAAUUCGAUGUUUGGAAAUAUUUGCCAUGUUUAUAAUAAUGAAGUAAAACUGUGGCCAUUAAAAAGUCACAGUAUUUCCUUUUAACUAUGUUCAGUUUUGUUACAAAGAACAGCUGUGCAGUUUAUAAAUUGUGUUUGUGUGCAUGCAUACCUCACUAGUGGUUUCACAUAACUUAUCUUUUUUUUUUUUUUGUGGGUAGUGCAUUUCACAGCAUGUGCCAUAUCCAUUGAGCAGAAACUGCAAGAGCUGUUAGAGUGGACAAACAGCUGGUCAUUCCAUCCUCCUUGUAAAAAAUCUGGAAUCUAGGUUUAUUUGAAUACCAUAAAAAAAUAGUUAUAUAAUUCUAACAUUUUCUCUGUAA